AUGAAAAAAAAAACUAAAAAUCAGGAAAAAUCACCAAAAAUAAAAGUAGUCAAAACUCAAAAUUUUAAAAUUAAAAAUGAAAAUACUAUUAUGAAUGGGGAAACGUGGGAAAAUUUGUUCGAUUUGAAACCUAGAAGAAAAUAUGCACCGAGAGAGAAAAAUCUCAUAAGUAAUAAUUCUAGCCCUAUUAUCGAACAAGAUGGUUCUAAAUCGAAAUUUCGAGCGUGUACUCAUUGCGGUAAAGUUGUUCUCGGUAAAAAUAUGGGUAUUCACGUUAAAAUCCACGUGGGAAACAAAAGUCAUUUAUGCGAUAUUUGCGGAAAAUCUUUCUUGUACAAAAAGACGUUGGAGACUCAUAAACGUGUUCAUUCUGGCGAAAGACCUUGCGUGUGCAAAAUAUGUGGAAAAACUUUUAGAUCUAGUUCUAGACUUAGCGACCACAUGUCAACGCAUACCGGAAGAAAGCCUUUUAUAUGUGAAAUAUGUGCCGUGGCUUUUAGAAUCAAAGGACAUUUAAAAAAACAUUUAAGAGUUCAUUCUGGAGAAAAACCUUAUAUUUGUACAUUUUGCGAAAAGGCUUUUUCGGAUGCGUGGAAUAUGAAAUGUCAUUUGAGGAUUCACACAGGAGAAAAACCUCCUCACAGUUGUCCCGUUUGCGGACAAUGUUUUCUUAGACGUAAUAAAAUGGAAGAACAUUGCAAAAUAACACACGGGGAAGAAUAUGUACUACCGAGAAAGCAAAACAUAGUUCAAAGAUUAAAAAAUGAUCUUGUGGAACAAAACGAAGAAUUGCGACAAAUAACCGAGAGAGAAAGAGAAGAACUUCUCAGGCAAGAAACGGAAAGACAACUUUUGCAAUCCCACCUCGAAACUCAAAGGCAAGAAUUAGUCGAACGUUUUUCCGAAUCUCAUAUUCCUAUAUCAGUUCCUAUGCCUAUACCCGUACCUGUUCCUGCUUUUCCGGGUAACAUACCCAGCAUAUUUGGAUUACAAUAA